AUUACUAUUUUUUCAAUCUUUCUCAUAAUUUUUUUUUCUACAUUAUUGUUACAUAGGUCGAUACUACUUGUUAUUAAUUUCAUUUUGACAAAAAAAAAAAAAACAGAGGAAAAAAGAGCGGGAAAAUCAAAUGGAGAUCGAAAACACGAGGGAUUCAGAUAGUAUGAGAGGAUCGAGAGUAGGAUUCAGCGGUUCAUUAGUCAGUGGGAAGAAAAGUGCAAGGUUCAAAGAUGAUGAAUCGUAUGUAGAGAUCACUCUUGAUGUUCGCGAUGAUUCUGUUUCGGUUCAAAACAUUAAGGGAGCUGAUCAUGAAGCUGCAUUGUUAGCUAGCAGGCUCGAAAAGAGGCCUAACAAUACGCUUGGAUCACAACUUUCGUUUCAUCUGAGGCAAGUUUCGAAGGAAUUGAAAAGAAUGACUUCUUCUAAUAAGUUUCAGAAAAUUGAUAGGAGUAAGUCUGGUGCUGCUCGUGCUCUACGUGGACUUCAGUUCAUGAACAAGAAUGUAGGAACUGAAGGAUGGUCUGAGGUUGAAUCGCGAUUCGAUCAACUUGCUGUUAAUGGAAUGCUAACAAAAUCAUUGUUUGGUCAAUGCAUAGGUAUGAAGGAAUCAAGUGAGUUUGCUGAGGAAUUAUUUGAUGCUCUAGCUAGGAAGAGAUGCAUCACAUCUCCCGCGGUGACUAAAGAUGAGCUACGCGAAUUCUGGGAACAAAUAACAGAUACUAGCUUUGAUGCCCGGCUGCAAACUUUCUUCGACAUGGUGGACAAAGAUGCAGAUGGGAGAAUUACUCAAGAAGAGGUGAAAGAGAUCAUCACUCUUAGUGCUUCUGCAAAUAAGUUGUCAAAAAUCCAAGACAAUUCAGAUGAAUAUGCAGCUCUCAUCAUGGAAGAACUAGAUCCAGGCAAUGUUGGAUACAUUGAGCUGUACAACUUGGAGACAUUGCUUCUUCAGGCUCCGAGCCACUCGAUGAAUCUUUCAACAAACAGCAGAGUUCUGAGUCAGAUGCUCAGUCAGAAACUUAAGCCAACGAAAGAGCGAAAUCCCUUUAAAAGAUGCAAAAGAAGGCUGGACUAUUUCAUUGAGGACAAUUGGAAGAGGAUUUGGGUGAUGGCUUUGUGGCUAUCAAUCUGUGCAGGACUCUUUACAUGGAAAUUUAUUCAAUAUAAACGUCGUGCUGUCUUUGAUGUUAUGGGCUAUUGUGUCUCUGUAGCAAAAGGAGGUGCUGAAACAACAAAAUUCAACAUGGCUUUAGUUCUAUUGCCAGUAUGCAGAAAUACCAUAACUUGGCUAAGAAGUAGGACUAAGCUUGGGAAAAUAAUUCCCUUUGAUGAUAACAUCAAUUUCCACAAGGUUAUUGCAUUUGGAAUAGCAGUUGGUGUAGGCUUACAUGCAAUUUCACACUUAACAUGUGAUUUUCCCCGGCUGUUACAUGCCACGGAUGAGGAAUACGAGCCAAUGAAGCCAUUUUUCGGAGAUGAAAGGCCAAACAACUACUGGUGGUUUGUGAAAGGCACGGAAGGAUGGACCGGUGUUGUGAUGGUGGUCCUUAUGAUCAUAGCCUAUGUACUAGCCCAACCAUGGUUUCGUAGAAACCGACUCAAUCUUCCAUCAACAAUCAAGAAACUCACUGGAUUUAACGCUUUUUGGUACUCCCAUCACUUAUUUGUUAUAGUCUAUGUCCUCUUCAUCAUUCACGGAUACUUCCUCUACCUCUCAAAGAAAUGGUACAAGAAAACAACGUGGAUGUAUAUCGCGGUGCCUAUGAUACUAUAUGCUUGUGAACGUCUGCUUCGUGCAUUUAGGUCCGGGUACAAGGCAGUGAAGAUUUUGAAGGUAGCUGUAUAUCCUGGAAAUGUAAUGGCAGUGCACAUGUCUAAGCCUCAGGGCUUUAAGUACACAAGUGGACAGUACAUUUUAGUGAACUGUUCUGAUGUUUCUUCAUUUCAAUGGCAUCCGUUUACUAUCUCCUCAGCUCCAGGAGAUGAUUACCUAAGUAUGCACAUUCGAACAUUGGGUGAUUGGACAUCUCAGCUUAAAACUCUCUUCUCUAAGGUCUGUGAGCCUCCAACUGGUGAUCAAAGUGGCCUUUUAAGAGCAGACAUAGCGAAAGCCGACUAUAAGCCUAGAUUGCCAAAGCUCUUGAUUGAUGGCCCUUAUGGAGCACCAGCACAGGAUUACAAGAAAUACGACGUAGUCCUCUUAGUAGGCCUUGGCAUUGGGGCAACACCUUUGAUAAGUAUAGUAAAAGAUGUGCUCAAUAACAUCAAGCAACAAAAGGACAUCGAAGAUGGCACUAAAGGUAGUAAAAGAAGUCCUUUUGCAACUAAACGAGCUUACUUCUAUUGGGUAACACGCGAGCAAGGCUCGUUUGAGUGGUUUAAGGGUGUGAUGGAUGAGGUCUCGGAGAACGAUCAAGAAGGCCUAAUUGAGCUUCACAACUACUGCACCAGCGUUUAUGAAGAAGGCGAUGCCCGGUCUGCACUAAUCACAAUGCUUCAGUCAAUCCACCAAGCUAAGAGUGGCGUCGACAUUGUCUCUGGGACAAGAGUCAAGACUCAUUUUGCUAGACCAAAUUGGCGCCAAGUUUUCAAACGUGUUACAAUUAAUCAUCCUGAUCAAAGAAUUGGUGUGUUUUAUUGUGGUCCACAAGGUCUAGUUGGAGAACUAAGACAUCUAUCUCAAGAUUUCUCACACAAGACAGGCACAAAGUUUGAAUUUCAUAAAGAAAAUUUCUAGGGUUCAAACUUAUUUAUUAUAUAUGUAACAUAAGUCUCAUAGGUAUUUAUUAAUUAUUAUGUAAUAUAAUUAUAUAUUUUCUUCAUUUUUAUAUUUAUUUUUACUUUUGAGAUG